CUCGCCACAGUGAUUACCCUACCACUGUCGCUUUUGUAUCGUAGUUCCAUUUCGUAUCGUAGUUUGGUUGUUCGAACCGGGCAGCAGAGGGUAAAGAUCAAACGUCGAAAUCUGUGCGCGUUGUUAUCAGUGACGUGUAAAUAAAUUUCUUCUUCUGCUUGGCCACCAUCGCGAAAAGUCGCCAAUCUGUUCAAUCAAAUGGAUCAUACCGAAAGUCAGGGGCGAAAGCCCAAUACUGCUGCUAGUGUACCUACUGUAGUAUGUCGACAGGGAGAAUCGAAAUCUUUCCGGGUUCACGUUGCUCUGGGAUUGUUGCUUUUGAUGCUAUGGAUGUCACUGCCAACGCUUUGUGAUGCACACGGACAUUUUGAUGAUCAUGAUCAUGAUUUGCAUCAUCAUCAUCACCAUCACCAUCAUGGGCAUGAUGAAAAUCCCAGUUUUAAGUACUCAAGACAGGCUAAUGAAGUGUAUCGUGAGGAGAACAGUGACCAUGAUCAUCAUCACGGACAUAGUCAUAAUCAUAUAGAUGAUCACGCUAAGGGACAUACGCAUCACCAACAUGAUGAUGCUAGAAGGAAAAAUAUCAAGCCUCCAGUCGACACUUUCUACAUUUGGGUUCACUCGCUGACUUCCACGGUAUUAAUCAGUGCCGCUCCAUUCUUCAUUCUAUUCGCAAUCCCAUUGGAAAAUACCGAAGAGAUGCAACCACGACUGAAAACGCUACUGGCGUUCGCAUCUGGUGGAUUGCUUGGAGAUGCGUUCCUGCAUCUAAUCCCACAUGCCAUUUCACCUCACAGUCAUGGUGACGACGAUCAUCACGGGCACAGUCACGGUCAUCACCACGGAGAAGAUGAAGAAGAAGGUCAUGGCCACGACAUGCGUGUAGGGCUGUGGGUUCUUGCCGGCAUAAUUGUAUUUCUGGCCGUUGAAAAAGCCGUGCGGUUGAUGAAAAAAGACGCCGGUGGAGCACAUGGUCAUAGUCACAGUCACAAUCACGGAAGCACACCUCAGGUGUCCCAAUCAGCUUCCAACGCCAAGAACUCUUCUGGUAGUAAAAAGAAACAGGAAUCUGAAUCUGGCAAAGCCAAAGGAAAAUCCGUCAAGAAAGAUUCUAAAAAGAACCAAAUACAAAUCGCCGGUUACCUCAAUCUGGCCGCGGAUUUCACUCAUAAUUUUACGGAUGGACUCGCUAUUGGUGCUUCGUAUCUGGCUGGCAACAGUAUCGGAAUUGUAACAACGAUAACCAUUCUGCUGCACGAGGUUCCUCACGAAAUAGGAGACUUUGCCAUUCUGGUGAAAUCGGGCUGCUCGAAAAAGAAAGCGAUGCUGUUACAAUUAACAACAGCCGUCGGGGCACUAGCGGGAACCGUCCUGGCCUUGUUGGGUAGUGGAAGCGACGCGGCUGAGUCCUGGGUUCUUCCCUUCACUGCCGGGGGUUUCAUCUACAUUGCGACCGUUUCCGUUAUUCCGGAACUACUCGAAGGCUCUACCAAACUGUGGCAGUCGUUGAAGGAAAUUACGGCUCUGCUAGCCGGUGUCGGGAUGAUGGGGACAUGUAUAAAAGCCAUAGAGGAAACAUUUGAACUUUGAUUGGCGCGCCGUGGUUUGUUACUUCAACAUGUUGAUUGUUUUAAUUCUUCAUUACAAUUGUUUGGAUGUACCGCAGAACCGAUUUUGUUCCAUUUUACUGUUGUUUGAUAAAUAAAAGUAUUGUUAACGUCACUUUGAAUAGUCCACUUGUGUUAAAAGCAAACUUUUACUUUCCUUGAACAUUCAUUGAAUAUCUUAAAUAAAACAAUCAUCAUGUUGUUCUAUCCGACGGCUCCAUGAAAUAAAAAAGCCGUGUUAGAAAUAAGUUCACAAUAAACAAAGUCCUAUUUAA